UUGGGGCGCCAAUCGCCAUCUUUGAUUUUGUUUAUUUUUCACUGGACCGGAGGAAGCCGAAGCAAACUUUUAGUUUAGGUUUUGAAUAAGUAAGACAAAACAAAGGAAAAAUAGAUAAUUUAGCAAUUUUUUUAACGUUUAUUAAAUACCGUCAAGGUAUACGAUAUUUACUUUAAAUACGUAAUAGCAAGAGAAUCGAGUGCCUUAACCAUGUCGCGAUCCGAUUUUGAUAUAUUCUGGCAUUAUAACCUUGACGAAGACGAAGAAGUUGUAAGAAAUGUGGUUGUUACCGCAACUGAGGAAACGCCGCUCCUGAGUUCAACCCCAAAUAAUCGAAACGUGCAGGGCACCACCGUUGCAGAGUUUACAUCAAUAGUGGUGCUGACUGUGUCAUUGUUAGUGGGGCUUUCCAUAGGCGUUUAUUUGCUGGUACUGCAAUAUAAUCAAGAUCAUACUGUUCCACCAAUUGAAAAUUUUCCUGCAUUUCACAUUAACAAGUCAGAAAUGCACCAGCCUGGUAUAGCGGAGGUUCCGAAACAGCCAUUCCAUGCAAAUACUGUGAUCAUAGAACAAACGGGUACUGCAGAGUGUUCAAGUUCGGAGUCUUGUGUUCCCGUGCUCCAAGAGAUAAAGGGAAAGUUUGGCGUGAAUAACUCUGUGCCAUACAACUUCCUUGUAGCAAGCGAUGGAACUGCAUACAAAGGGCUGGGCUGGUCCAAGCUAUCACCAUUACACCCCGAACUGAAACCUCUAUCCUUUGCAUUUAUAGGUAAUUUUGCAGAAGCAGCUCCCGCUUUCGAACAGAUUGGAAUGACGAAAAGUUUAAUAUCGGAUUUUUUGGAGAAAGAUCUUUUGAUCAAGAACUACACUAUAAGAGGCGACCUUUUUGAUAAGUUUAAAGACGCUCCUGAAUGGAAAAAAAUAAAGUCAGGUUACCUAUAUUCUCUUUAAUUUUUGUCGUUAAUUUACUUAUCAAAGGAGAAUGUC